AUGACAAAUGCAAAAUAUGAAUGGAAUCUUAAUCGUAUCAUUACCCUCAGGAAUUUCGGUGCGCAGUUCCUUUCAAACAAUUCACAUAACCGCAAUCUGUCACGUUUUCUCAAAAAUCAAAAACGAUACACUCAAACGGCACUAAUCUCUUGUUGUUUUACAUUUGUUUUUGUCGUAGUAUCGGCAAUGAUCGAACAUAAUUGCGAUGCGGACGAUUCUACAGCGUCGUAUAUCAUUGUGAUGAUUUGCGUGUAUACACGUCUGCUGAAUUCCUUCAAUUUGGUGACAUUAUUUUUGUGUCGUCAAAAAGAUUUCCAGCGUACUGCAAUCCAAUGUUUCAAAUACUUACUAUAUGGACAGAAACAUACCCAGCCAGUCGUAACUGUUGCAAACCAUACCGUUCUCUAA